GGGCGCCAUGGAUUUCCGCGGCAAGAAGUACGAGCGGGGCAGCAACUGGUCGGACCCGGAGGUGGGCGAGCUGCUGCAGCUGUGGGCCGACGAGUCGGUGCAGCUGGAGCUGGAGAGCUGCCUGCGCAACCAGCACGUCUUCAACCGCAUCGCCGAGCUGCUGCGCCAGAAGGGCAUCCAGCGCACGGGCGACCAGUGCCGCGAGAAGAUCAAGAAGAUGAAGCUGGAGUACCGGCGCAUCAAGGACCACGGCAAGGCGCCGCUGCGCGGCGGCCGCGCCUGGAAGUUCUACGAGCUCAUGGACCGCGUGCUGCAGAGCCGCCCCGCGCUGCCCUUCGGCGCCGUGGUCGCGCCGCCCGUGCUGCCCGCCGCCGUGGUGGCGCCGCAGGUGCUGCCCGCCGCCGUCGUGGACGCCUACGGGCCCUUCGGCGCCUUCGGGCGCGCGCCGCACGCCCAGCUCAGCGAGGUCAAGUGCGAGCAGGGCCACUCGGAGGAGGGCGGCCUGAGCCCCGAGCGCCCCGCGUCGCUGCCCUUCCAGCAGGGCUCCCCCGCGGAGCGCGACGCCGACGGCGCCUUCCUCGAGAGGGCCCAGAGCGACUCGCCCGGCUCCCGGGGGGAGAUGCCCCUGGAAACCAGCGCGUCGCCUUCAGGUUUCAGUGAGCCCAGCAUGGCAAACUCGUCGCGGAUCCAGAACGUGGUGCCCCGGCCGGGCUUCUCCGCCUUGCACCGCCUGAGGAAGAAGCGGAAGGGGCAGCGGGUGAAGGACCCGCUCGACGAGCUCCUGCUGAAGACGCUGGCCUCCCAGCGGGCCAUGGAGGAGCGCUUCCUGCAGCUGGAAGAGCGCCGCUUCCAGCGGGAUGCGGACGUGGAGGAGCGCCGCAUGCAGCUGGAGCAGCGGCGCCUGGAGCUGGAGCGGGAGCACGAGCUGCGCAUGUUCAGCGUCUUCGCCCAGGUGCUCAGCAUCCUCAAGCAGGGCCCCGAGGGCUCUGGCUCGCGGGCGCCGGCUCCGCGCGGGGCUCCGGGCGGCAGCCCCGCGCGCGCCCCGCGCCGCAGCCCCUACCUGUCGGCGCGCGGCCACGUCGCCCACGUGCUGCUGGGCUCCGCCGAGGAGGGCUACGCCGCUUACCACGCCGACAAGUACGACGAGGAGAGCAACCCCGACGGUAUAAUUAAUUUUGGCACUAGUGAGAAUAAACUCUGCUUUGACCUGAUGUCUAAACGGCUGAAGGAGCAGCUGACACAGGCUGAUAUGAAUCUCAUGGAGCCGCCACUGCUUCAGUAUCCUGACUGGAAGGGACACAUGUUCUUGCGGGAGGAAGUGGCUCGAUUUCUGACCCAUUACUGCAAGGCCCCUGCACCUCUUAAGGCAGAAAACGUGAUUGUACUGAAUGGUUGUGGCUCUCUGUUUUCUGCAUUAGCUACAGUCCUUUGUGAUCCAGGGGAGGCUGUUCUGAUCGCCACUCCCUUCUACGGCGGCAUCACCCAGAGCGUGUUUCUGUACGGCAACGUCAAGCUGGUGUAUGCCUACUUGGACAGUAAGAUCACUGGAACCAGCACUCGGCCCUUUCAACUUACAGUGGACAAACUGGAAAAGGCCUUGCAGGAUGCCCAGGCAGAGGGUGUCACUGUAAGGGCCUUAAUUCUUCUGAAUCCCCAAAAUCCCCUCGGGGACAUCUACUCCUUGUCAGAGCUACAGGAUUACCUGGAAUUUGCUAAAAGACACGAAUUGCAUGUGAUAGUAGAUGAGAUCUACAUGCUGUCAGUAUUUGACGAAUCCGCCACGUUUCACAGUGUCCUAGGCAUGGACAGAUUGCCCGAUCCGCAGAGGACUCACGUGAUGUGGGGAAUAAGCAAGGAUUUUGCUGUCUCUGGCAUUCGCUUUGGUACUCUAUACACAGAGAACCAAGACGUUGCCAACGCCGUGGCUUCUUUGUGUUAUUUCCACGGGGUUUGCGGACCUGUCCAGCACAAGGUUGCCCAGCUGCUUAGAGACAGAGACUGGAUCAACCAGGUGUACCUGAGGGCCAACCAUGCCCGCCUAAAAGCUGCCCAUACGUAUGUAACAGAUGAGCUGAAGACACUUGGGGUUCCUUUUCUCAACCGCAAUGCAGGCUUCUUUGUCUGGAUUGAUUUCCGAAAGUACCUUAGGACAGGGACGUUUGAGGAGGAGAUGCUGCUCUGGAGGCGUUUUCUUGAUAACAAGGUCCUGCUGUCCUGCGGCAAAGCCUUUGAAUGCAGUGAGCCUGGAUGGUUCCGCAUUAUCUUUGCCGACAAAAUCCAUCGACUACAGUUAGGUAUGCAGCGGAUCCGCAAAGUUUUGGAAGAGCGGGAGCGGGAGAUCUUGGCCGAGGCCAAGGAGCAGCCGUGCCAGUCGGAUCAGGACGGCAAAGCGGAUAGCACGGACGAGGUCAUUUUUGUGUCCCGCCACCAGGAGCCUGCCUGUGCUGGCAGCUCCAGCCUUGGGGACCUCAUCGGCCUCCUGCAGCAGCAGAUGCGCUCGUCCGACUGGCUGCAGAGAAAUACGGCGGAGCAGUUUGCUCAGGAGAAGCCCGAGAUCUACGACGUUUUCAGCAAACUGGUGGGGAAACAGUAGCGGUUGAGAGACCUUCAGGGGGCUUUCCUGAGUGGUGACAAGCCCUUAACAGCUCAACAUUGACAUUGAUCCUCAGCAAAGGAUAUAUUUUCUGUAUAGCAAGAAAAUUACUUUGUAAAGCCCAUCCUCUAGCCCCUGUUUGAGAUCUCUGAUUUGUAUUAUAUUAAGUGCUUUCCUUGGAUUGAGGGUGAGGGUAUGGAGUGGUGGGGGUCUCGUUUACCUGCUACCCCCUGUUCUGCUGCAUCAUUGUAUUUUUUAUUUCAUUUCUAAUGAAUAUGCUCUUAACUCUCUAA